AUGCCACACUACGAGGACGAUCCUGACGACGUCGUAGAGUUUCACGUUUCCAUCACCAGAUACCGCCCCACCGAGCCCUCAAACUUCAUAUCCGCUGUCGACUUCUUUAUCUCGCUAAGCCUUCUCAACAAGAGCAUGACCAUAAACCCUGAGAUCUCCGACAUCAGUUUCGACGCGCAGUCGUUCAGAUGGUGCUCCUGGGUCGAUACUCCGCUGUCUUUUAAGUCACCAGAGCUUACCGACCUCGGCUCUUCGUUCAUCGCCGAGUUUUUCCGCUGCAUCACCAGUCGUCCGGAAUACGUGACCUUGACGCGGUGCGAGAUUCCGCCGGAGACCAACAUUCGAGGCCAUUACGCCUGUUUCGAUGGGAUAGUAUCCGGCUCUUCAAUGCUCAAUGCACUCCGGAGCUGGGACGGGAGCGAAUUGCAUAUCAAGGAGUGUCCGGGCUUCACUGACGCAGUCCUGCGAGAUAUUGGCGACGAAGACAUUCCGUGUCUUCGUCGCCUUCGGGCGCUCACAGUCACGGGUGCGGCGUUUUCGGCGGAGGCGUUUAAGUACAUGGUUGAACGACGAUACCCCGCAGGGUCAUCAUCCACUCAGCGACGAUGGUCUAUUUGGGUUGACGAUGGUCCGGCACUGCCAGCAGAGAUGAGGAACUGGUUUGAGGCGCGUGUACCCUCGUUUAUCUGGGAGCCUUAG